AACCCACGUGUCGCUAGCUACUACUAACCAACGGCAGCGCGUUUUGAGUUCUGCUCUUUCUUGGUCCGCUUUAACCAUUGACCGACUCACUACUGCCCGACACAGGUAGAUGCUGUUGCGUUUCUUCUCCCAUUGCCCUCUGUUUCUUCGGGGCUGGUUCCUGUACAGGUCCCCUAUACUCCUCAUCCCCAACCAGAGAGGGAACGGAGUCUGUCCCUGAGCCAAAACAAGCAACCGGACUCCCUCCCAGCCCCAACAUGUGUGGUAUCUGGGCUUUAUUCGGCAGCGAUGAGUGCCUGUCUGUCCAGUGCACCAGCGCCAUGAAGAUCUCUCACCGGGGGCCCGACGCCUUCCGCUUCGAGAACGUCAAUGGUUUCAACAACUGCUGCUUCGGCUUCCACCGGCUGGCCAUCGUGGACCAGCUGCAUGGCAUGCAGCCCCUGCGCGUCAAGAAGUUCCCCUACCUGUGGCUGUGCUACAACGGGGAGAUCUACAACUUCCAAGCGCUUGGGAAGAAGUUUGCCUUUGACUACCAGACGGAGAUGGACGGCGAGGUGCUGCUCCACCUCUACCAGAGCUUCGGCGUGCAGAAGAUGGCAUCCCUCCUGGACGGGGUGUUCGCCUUCGUCCUGCUAGACACGGCCAACAGGAAGGUGUUCCUGGGCAGGGACACCUACGGCGUGCGGCCCAUGUUCAAGCUGUCCACCGACAACGGCUUCAUGGCCGUUAGCUCGGAGGCCAAAGGCCUUACUGACCUCAGCCACGCCAUGCCUACCAAUGCCAAAAUAAUUCCCUUCCUGCCGGGCCACUUCGAGACCUUCGACCUCAAGACCACGGGCAAGGUGGAGUUGCUGGAGUGCAGCAGUGGUCGCUUCCACUGCUGCACCCAGGAGCCUGCCCACUCCCUGUACGACUCCGCGGAGGUCGUCUCCGGUUUUGACGAGGAAACAGUGAAGCGCAACAUCAGAGUGCUCUUUGAGAGCGCCGUACGCAAACGCCUGAUGGCCCAGAGGAGGAUCGGAUGUCUCCUCUCAGGUGGUCUGGACUCCAGUUUGGUCGCUGCCACGCUGGUGAAGCUGGCCAAAGAGGAGAAGCUGACCUACCGCAUCCAGACCUUUGCCAUCGGGGCAGAAGACAGCCCAGACGCCAUGGCGGCCCGCAAGGUAGCCGCACACAUCGGCAGUGAGCACCACGAGAUCAGCUUCACGGCGGAGGAGGGCAUCCGAGUGGCGGAGGACGUCAUCCUCCACCUGGAAACCUACGACAUCACCACCGUGCGUGCCUCCAUCGGGAUGUACCUCGUGUCCAAGUACAUCCGAGAGAAGUCUGAAAGUGUGGUGGUGUUCUCUGGGGAGGGGUCGGACGAGCUCACCCAGGGAUACAUCUACUUCCACAAGGCUCCUAACCCCAAGGCGGCAGCAGAGGAAAGCGUGCGACUCCUGGAGGAGCUCUACUUGUUUGACAACCUGCGAGCCGACCGCACAACCGCUGCACACGGGCUGGAGCUGAGGGUGCCUUUCCUGGACCAUAGGUUCACAUCCUACUUCCUGUCCCUGCCAGAGGAGAUGCGGACCCCCAAGAACGGCGUGGAGAAGCACCUCCUCCGGGACUCCUUCAAGGGCCUGGGUCUGAUCCCCGACGAAAUCCUGUGGAGGAGGAAGGAGGCGUUCAGCGACGGGAUGACCUCCGUGAAGAAGUCUCUGUACACCAGCCUGCAGGAGCACAUGGAGGGCCAGGUGAACGACGCCCAGCUGGAGAAAGCCCACAAGACCUUCGCCCACAACCCGCCCAAGACCAAAGAGGCCUACUACUACCGGCAGGUGUUUGAGAAGCACUUCCCGGGCCGUGCCCAGUGGCUGCCCCACUACUGGAUGCCCCGCUGGAUCAAAGCCACCGACCCCUCCGCAAGAACCCUGGCCAUCUACACGCCGGACAAGGAGCAGGAUCAGUAACCAGGACCAGUCACCACUCACCAGGCCCAGUAACCAGGACCAGUCACCACUCACCAGGCCCAGUAACCAGGACCAGUCACCUCUCACCAGGCCCAGUAACCAGGACCAGUUGUCCAUCCGUUCCCCCCCCCCACCCAUUCAAUUUGUUAGCUUGUUCCAUAUUUAGAUAGUGCUUAUGUAAGUGUCAGACACCUAGCAGCAGCCUGCUAGACGUCAUCUAUCCUGGUACGACGGCAGCAUGAAGUCUACCCGUUCCUCAGAGCGAGCCUUCUGUAUGUAUGGUAAGCUGGUCUGGGACAUGGGCAUAAGUUAUUAUUGGGGAGGACCUUGGUCUCAGCUCGGACUCCGUUCUGACUCUGUAGGUGUUAAGUGAUUACUGCUUUGAAAUGUUGACGGUUAUCUGAAUCUUAAUUUAAAACAAACACUGGAAGACUGGUUUUAUUAAAAGUGCUUUUUCCUGGCUG